UUAUCAGGAAGCUGCUAUCGUUUUUGGAAGAGCUUUGCUUGAAGGAAAGAGGGGAAAGGCCCCCAUUUUUGGUCGGCGCACGAAUGGCAACAUCAGCUUCUCUAAUGAUGAAUCGGUUGACAUCUCCAGUCUUGAAAUCCCCAAAAUCGGAGCUUUUUUUGCUCUCCUCCUCUUCAUCUGAGCCUUUCUUCAAACAGUGCCUGGUGGCUCCUGAUAUAUCCACAUCUCACUUGAGUCUCAAGUACAAGAAGUGCAAUUAUGGUUCCUCUGCUUCGUCUGUCGUGUGCAAAGUGUCCGUUAAGCCACAAACUGAGGUUGAAGGCCUCAAUAUUGCUGAGGAUGUCACUCAGCUUAUUGGAAAAACACCUAUGGUUUACCUAAACAACAUUGCAAAGGGAUCUGUUGCAAACAUUGCUGCAAAACUUGAGAGCAUGGAACCGUGUUGCAGUGUCAAGGACAGGAUAGGUUAUAAUAUGAUAGCUGAUGCUGAGGAAAGAGGAGUUAUAACACCUGGAAAGAGUAUUCUUGUGGAACCUACGAGUGGAAACACAGGCAUUGGCCUUGCGUUUAUAGCUGCUUCAAAAGGAUAUAAACUUAUCCUGACUAUGCCAGCAUCAAUGAGUCUGGAAAGAAGGGUUCUCUUAAAAGCAUUUGGGGCUGAACUUGUUGUAACUGAUUCAGCAAAAGGCAUGAAGGGUGCAGUUCAGAAAGCAGAAGAAAUUUUGAAAAGCACACCCAAUUCCUUUAUGCUUCAACAGUUUGAUAAUCCUUCGAACCCUAAGAUACACUAUGAGACAACUGGACCAGAAAUCUGGGAAGAUACAAGAGGGAAAGUGGAUAUCUUUGUUGCAGGUAUUGGAACUGGUGGAACCAUUACUGGAGUUGGUCGAUUCCUCAAGGAGAAGAAUCCUAAUAUUAAGGUUAUUGGUAUAGAACCUACAGAAAGCAACAUACUUUCAGGUGGAAAGCCUGGUCCUCACAAGAUUCAAGGGAUCGGAGCUGGUUUUGUGCCCAGGAAUUUGGAUCAAGAUGUCAUUGAUGAAGUCAUAGAGAUAUCCAGUGAUGAAGCUGUUGAAACUGCAAAGCAAUUAGCACUCCAGGAAGGUUUACUGGUUGGAAUAUCUUCUGGAGCUGCUGCUGCUGCUGCAAUUAAGGUUGGAAAGAGAGCAGAAAAUGCAGGGAAGCUGAUUGCAGUUAUAUUCCCGAGCUUCGGCGAGCGAUACUUGACCUCUGUUCUUUUCCAGUCCAUUCGAGAAGAGUGUGAGAAUAUGCAACCUGAGCCAUGAUACUCCCAUGAUCAAGUUUGUCUAACAUAAGCAACUUCCAUCCUAAAAAUUUUAUCCCCAUGCAUAUGCAUUUUUCAUCAUUUGUUGAAUCUGGCUUUAAUAAUGUCAUCUUGUAGCCAAUUUUACUCAUUUGCGAGGUAAAAUAAUACAAUUGAAAUUGGUCAUGUGCCUGCCUGGUACACCAACCCCUUUUUUCUGGUUCA